AGGUAGAUGUGAACAGUGGAGAGAGAGGAGGGAGCCGAUAGCCAGAGCCAGCUAGCGACAACAUCCUGAGCCUGUUUACCAGCAAUUAAGAGCUAUUCUUGCGUGUCUGGCGCUGAAGAUAACACCAAAUUCACAUGUUUUCCUUUAGAUAAGAUGUAGACCACUGUCAGCUCGUCGCCUGGCUGUAAAAACGGCAGAAGUAUGUGCCGGUAGUUAGCUAGGUUACCGUGAAGAGACAAAAAGGGCAUCUCUGUCUUUGACCGAGCGCCCGAUCGUAAUCUUCGGAUGAGAGUCGGUGAAAUCUCCCGCUGUUAAACCGAACCUGCCAGGUCUUGGCUGUGAAAAAAGCAAGGGAGGGUACAUUUUAUAAAAACUAUAAAAAUGAAAUUUACAGAGCAUCUCUCCGCUCACAUCACCCCGGAGUGGCGAAAACAGUACAUUCAGUAUGAGGCUUUUAAAGAGAUGCUGUAUGCUGCUCAGGACCAGGCCCCGUCUAUUGAAGUCACAGAUGAAGAUACAGUCAAGAGGUACUAUGCCAAGUUUGAGGAGAAGUUCUUCCAGACAUGUGAAAAAGAGCUGGCAAAGAUCAACACCUUCUACUCUGAGAAGCUGGCCGAAGCCCAACGGCGAUUCGCCACGCUGCAGAAUGAGCUGCAGUCCUCCCUGGACGCCCAGAGGGAGAGCGCCGCGAACGGGCGGGGCCUGAGGAGGAGGAAGACUGUGUUCGCUCUGUCGCAGCAGGAGAGAUGCAAACACAGAAACAUAAAGGACCUGCAGCUGGCCUUCUCCGAGUUCUACCUCAGCCUCAUUCUGCUGCAGAACUAUCAGAACCUGAACUUCACAGGUUUCAGAAAGAUCCUGAAGAAACAUGAUAAGAUUUUGGAGACGUCGAGGGGGGCCGACUGGAGAGUGGUCCAUGUUGAAGUGGCUCCAUUUUACACAUGCAAGAAAAUCACACAGCUCAUCUCUGAGACUGAGGCGCUGGUCACAACAGAGUUGGAAGGUGGUGACAGACAGAAAGCCAUGAAGCGGCUGAGGGUUCCUCCUCUAGGAGCUGCACAGCCUGCUCCUGCCUGGACCACCUUUAGAGUCGGUCUUUACUGUGGAGUCUUCCUCGUCUUAGUGGUCACAGUGGUCAUCACAGGAGCUGUGGUGAUUCGUAGUGAUGAUGUUUGGCCGAUGGUCAGGAUCUACAGGGGAGGGUUCCUGCUGAUAGAAUUCCUCUUCCUGUUAGGCAUCAACACGUAUGGCUGGAGGCAGGCAGGAGUCAACCACGUCCUUAUAUUUGAACUCAACCCCAGAAACAACCUGUCCCAUCAACAUCUGUUUGAGAUUGCAGGUCUGUUGGGCGUCCUGUGGUGCGUCAGCCUGCUCUCCUGUCUGUUCAGCGACAGCAUUCUGGUACCAAUGCAAGUGAACCCUCUGGCUCUCUACGGCUUCUUCCUCCUCUUCCUCAUCAACCCCUUCAAAACCUGCUACUACAAGUCCCGCUUCUGGCUCCUCAAACUCCUGUUCCGUGUCGUGACGGCUCCUUUUCAUCGAGUGGGCUUUGCAGAUUUCUGGCUGGCUGACCAGUUGAACUCUCUGGUGGUGGUUCUGAUGGAUCUGGAGUACAUGAUCUGUUUUUACAGUUUUGAACUGGACUGGAAAAAGCAUGAUGGACUCAUCAGCAGUGAAGGUGGAGAUAUGUGUAAUUCCUACUCCUAUGGCGUCCGUGCCGUCAUCCAGUGUCUUCCUGCUUGGUUCCGGUUCGUCCAGUGUCUGAGGCGUUACCGUGACACCAAACGGGCCUUCCCUCAUCUUGUUAACGCCGGAAAAUACUCCACUUCUUUCUUUGUCAUCACUUUUGCAGCCCUCUACAGCACACACAAAGCCCUGAAGGAUGAAACAGCCCAGAUCUUCUUCUACCUGUACAUCAGCUGUUUGGUGGUGAGCUCCUGUUACACACUGGUCUGGGAUCUGAAGAUGGACUGGGGCCUGUUUGACCGCAACGCAGGAGAAAACACCUUUUUGAGAGAGGAGAUCGUUUACCCACAUAAGGCCUAUUACUACAGCGCCAUAGUGGAGGAUGUGCUACUGCGCUUUUCAUGGACUUUAACAGUUACGCUGAGCACCCUGUCUAGCUAUCACGGCAUCUCUGACAUAUUGGCGACUAUACUGGCCCCAAUGGAGGUCUUCAGACGUUUUGUGUGGAACUUCUUCCGAUUGGAAAACGAGCAUCUGAAUAACUGUGGUGAGUUCAGAGCCGUCAGAGACAUCAGUGUGGCUCCACUCAAUGCUGAUGACCAGACCCUGCUGGAGCAGAUGAUGGACCAGGAGGAUGGAGUCAGGAACCGGCAGGGCAAGAAGAGCUGGAAGAGGAGCUACAGCAUGAGUCUACGUAGACCACGACUCGCCUCACAGUCCAAGACCCGUGACACCAAGGUUUUGAUAGAGGACACUGACGACGACUCCUGACAUCAGGCCACGCCCCUCGCCUGGGUCCAGAAUUUAUUCAAAGGAGGAAACUCUGCCUCCUAACUUAGGAAUUACCCGGCGGGUUGGGCGUUGAACUGUUUGAGUUUGAAACUCACAUGCCUACUUUAAACUUCUCCAAGAUAUGAGCCUCUUCUAGGGUUCAGAACUAUUUCAGGGGAGGAACUUCUGCUUCUACCUCCUGAACAAAAAACAAAACCCCAGUAAGACGGCCAUCACACUGCUACGUCUACCUUCAAUAAUAACCAGGAGUGAGCUCAUACUUUUAAAUCCUAUGUUACUUAAAGCAAUGGGAUACAAGCUCUUAGACCUCAUCCACUCUUGAGCCAUUGCUUGGGCUUGCAGUCUACAGUACUCAGAACCUCAGCCUAGCAUGAACAACGCAACAACAUGGAACACAAGCCGAUCUGCCUGACAGGAAGUGUCCCUGCUCCUCUCAGUGCCACAGAACUCCAUGCCAGGGGAGGAAAACCUUGAAGGACAGAACAUUUCCUCCCUGCCUGUAGCUAUUAGUAACAACCUGCACUCCACACAACCAGGUAAAGCUCAUGGAGAGGCCUUUUAAUCAAUUAUCUAGUGUUCGCACCUUGACAGUCAACACGCAUUUGGACCUUGGCAUCAACCUGAAGCCUCAUGUGUUUUCAGUAACAGUGUAGAAAUUCCCCUUUGCACAGGUGUGGACAUUCGUGCUGGCCAACACAAAAGCAUCUGAUAAUGCUAAUAAUCAGGCUUGACUUGCUCUUCAUCUUGCCCGUCAAAUCAUCACAGAGCUGCCUACCUGCACCUUACACGCUUUAGAAACACAAACACACACAGAAACACGCACUUUGUAGGAAGAGUGGCAUGGAAUGCCUAUUGUGUGUCUUCACACACAGUGAUUUCAUAUGUUUUAUUAUUGACGGACGUGCAACAGAGUGGAUGUCACUCAAAUGAUUUUUCUUGGGAAGAAAAAAACAAACUGACCAGAGCUUAUUUGUAACUGUGGUUGUAAAUAUAUGACGGACCAAAGUAGAAGGUGGUGUAACAAUAAAUAUUCAGAAAAAAAGCAAAUAUUCCAUGAAAAUAAAAAGUGUGACUUAAGACUGUAAAAAAAAGAAGAAAAAAAACAGCAGCAGGAAGAACUGCUGAGAAGGAAUUUUGAUUUUAUUUCCUAACAAAGAUGAAGAUCACCCUACUCGCCCUCCCAGUCACCCUCGUGAUGAAAAAAUCCAGCACCAGGACAUGGUUUUACUGAAUGUAUGCCAACUUAUUUAUGUAUGUGUGAAUGGGAGAGACUCUUAGUAGCACCUGUCAACCCCGAACUGAUUCUUGGGAAAUGUUAAAAAUAAUUGAUUUUAAUGACAAGUUGGUUUUUUUUGUUUGUUUGUUGGUUUUUUUUAAUGUGCCCUAUGUUGAUGGAUCUGAGUAAACUGGUACUGACAUGAUAACUCAUGUUUGUCUCAGAAAUACCUUUAUAUAUAACUCAAUUGUAAAUCCAAUUACUUAUUGCAACAAACAUUAUCGGUGCCUUGAUUUUAUUGCAA